AUGCCACGAUACGACAGCGUCAGCCGCGUCGGAGCCGCUACGCUGGAGGCGAUCGAGCGCGAGCGCGAGCUGCUAGAGCGGGAGGAGCUCAUGUACACCGGCUAUACAACUCUGCGCAUUCAGGAGCUGAAACACACGGUGACAAACAAGGCAAGCACACAGGCAGAGCUGCAGCACGCGGCAGACGCACUGCUCGAGGAGCUGAAUGGCCUUCUCGAGGUGGUCGGCCGGGAGGUCGAGAAGCCGAUGAGCACGCAGCGGCUGCUACUCUUGAAGUGGCAGCAGCGUCAGCAGCGCCUGCAGAACCGCGAGAACGCUUUCCAGACUGGCCCCUCAAGCACUCCUGCCUUCCGCGUGGUUCUGCAGGCGGACGGCACGGAGGUCAUUGAAAGACCCGGCCGUGACACACCGCGGGCACCUGUGCACGAGACGGAGGACGCGUACUUGUCACAGGCCGUGGAGGCGGAGGAGUUGUCACCCGAAGCCUUGAUCCCUGAAAAGACGAUUGUCACCACCGCUGAUGUGAACCACGUGCGCUACCUCCUGGGCCUAACGUACCGCCGCCUGAAACGGUGUGACGAGGCGGAGAAGGUCUUCUACGACGUCCUGGCGGACGAUGUCACUAACGUGGACGCCAUAGAGUCGCUGCUGGAGUUGGACACCGGCAUCGAAGGGUGGGUACCGCGAAUACGCGUGCUGUUGGACUACCUGAACGAAGGGUACGCCAAGGUACUGCAGGAAGGGCGGCUACAACCGGCCACUGCACCCAACAAGCUGCCGAUUAUCGACGCCCAUUGCGCCGAGGAGCCUUGCGCAGAACUGAGCCCAGACGCUCCCACCACGUCGACGCCCACGCCACAGCAAUCUUCUUCACCAUCUUCAUCAAUGUCUCCCGAGGCUGCAGUGGCGAUAACGGCCGGCGCUGAUGUCGCCCGCGCACCAACGCCACGCUACACGACGCUACCUCAGGUCUCACCGGUGGAGGUGGCGCUGUCCAUCUUGUCCGACCUGAUUGUCGAGGCGGCCGCGCAGAAGUGCUCCACCGACGGCGAGGGCGCCGCCUCGAGGUUCUUCAUCGAGGCAAUGGAUCCCAUUGUGCGAGUCCUCGACCGCGAUUACGCAUGCCUUCUUCUCGAAGCGCUCUUCCGCGCUGUCGAUGAGCAGCACUUUGCAGUGCGCUUUGACUCGGACGACAUCUCCCCGGCGGCUCGAAAGUUUGCGCUCUCCCUCGUCAUCGCGUUUCUGAAGGCGCUGAUGGCGCGCCGCAUCUAUGAGAUGCUGCCGCAGUCGGUUCGAUUUCACUUCUUUACGCUCGUGAAGCUGCACACCGCACUUCGCAGUGCGGGCCGCGUGCACGAGAGCUACAAAAUAUGCGAGCAGCUGAUGCAGCUCUAUCGGGCAAACUCGUCUGUGUACCGUGCUCGUGUGCAUGCCUCGCCGAGAGCGGCACCAAGGCCGUCACCUCUGUCAGCAAUCUCGCCAUCACCGUCGUCGUUGCACUGUAAGUGUAGCAGCGAGCUCGGUGUGUCUGCAGCAAGGCACGGGUCUGUUGCCCCAACUGACGUGGAGGCACAGAAUGCUGCUGCUGCUGCUGCUAGGGUACCCGUACCGUCACUGCAGGAAGUCAGCGCGAGUUGUGUUCCUACUGUGGACCCCAAAGGCGUUGUUGAGGAGGUGCCGCCGACGGAGAGCAGCCAGUGCAGCGAACCGCCAGACAUCCUCGACGAUCAGGACGCCAACUACCGCGAGGCCUUUUUCCAGUACGUGAACGACCGUGCGCACGACUCGCCAGCACUCGGGCGGCGCCUGUGCAUGGAGGCCAUGGCUGAGUUUCCCGCGUGCGCUGCACCGUGGGAAACGCUGGCUCUGCUUAUCCACAAGGAAGACCCAAAGCGGAACCUCGGCGACGCCAUUAUCGCUGCCCGCCGCGCGAUGGAGCUGGAGCCGUUCAACAUACGGGUCAUCGUUACGCUGGCGAACUUCUACAAAGCUUCCCACCGCUACGAGCUGUACGACCGCAUGAUGGAUCGCUACCGACUCAUGUCUUAUAUGGUGGAGGAGGGAGCAAGCGAGGUCGAUAUGGUCGCGACGGCUGCCGAGAUCGCGAUGCUGGACGAGCAGACACCGCAAGCGCAGGACCUGGUUGAGGAGACUGGGCGCGCCAUGAAGGAGUUCCUCGAACGUAUGGAGCAGGCGACAACGUAUUCAAUGCCCAUCGACAAGGAGCCGCGUCUGCUUCGGGACGGGCCGAUGCGCUUUAUCACACAACAGCCGGAUAUGCGACCAGCUGAGGUGGAGGCGCACGACAAGUCGCUUCUGCGGCAGAUCCAGAUGCUGGAGUCGUGGCAGCAGCGGUGA